AUGGGCAGGCAGGAGGAUAAUCCAGUGCGGAGUUAUGUGGGUGAGGAGCUGACGCUUGUGGCGACGGUGACCAUCAGCAAAGUUCCAACGGGCGUCACUUCGUUGCUGGGCGUGAAGACGGUGGGUCCCAACCGGAAGCAUGUGGGGCUGUGGUACGACGAGCAUCAGCACUGGAAGACGAUGCUCAGGGAGGAAGGGAAUGCAUCAGCAGUUGCGUGGGAGGUGGGGACGGCGUACCGAGUGGCGCUCACGGUGCAGAAAGACGGCUGCUCGACAUACGUCGACGGGCAGCUUGUAGGGAGUUUGGAGGAUCAAGGCGUAUCUCCUUUGGAAGCUCCACAUUCCUCUGGAGUUGGUCUUGGGCGGCCUCUGCUGGGAAUGCCAUCUGAAAUGAUCUCAAACAUCUACUUUGAGGUUACGGGGACGGCACUGAGGAAGACACAGAGAGCCACGUGA